AUGGUUUAAUGCAUCUCUGAUCAUUUGUGAGAAAUGAAACCUAGAUAGAACCAUAGCCAUAGAAUGAGCACACGAACGCAGUUCAACAAAACGUUCCCGGUGAAAUGUCAAAAAAAUAAAUUCUAAAAAUAAAAAUGGCAUCUGCUAAUAGAGGUGAGGCUGUUCAAAAGCUAACUCAACAAGACUGGGUAAAUAGGGAAUAUAUAGAAAUAAUUACAAUAAGCAUAAAGAAGAUAACAGAUUUUUUGAAUUCAUUCGAUCUUUCCUGUCGCUCAAAACUGGCUGGUCUCAACGAAAAACUUACUAUAUUAGAAAGAAAAAUUGAUUACUUGGAAGCUUGCGUAACAAAAGGUGAAACACUUACAUGAGACCAACUGGUUUAAAUCAAUAUUAAUGUAUCCAAUAUCAUAUUUUUUCAAGACGCUUAAAGCUAAACCUGUCAUAGAGCAAUCAAAAAGAAGUCUGUAUUACUGGAUAAAUUUACAAUUUAACGUAGUCGAUCGUGAUCGUAGAAAACUAAUUGGACCUGAUCUUUCAUGUGCUGAGUGGAUAUUAAGAAAUGGGGGUUCUGUUAAAUGGAAGAAAGGCACAGUUACAGAUUAUAAUGAAUUACCUCAAGACACUAAAGAUUUCCAUUUGAAUGAAAUAGAUGCAUCGGACACAAAUAUUAUGAAGGCAGGUUUUGAACACUUCCAGGGAUGUAAAUAUAUCGAAAAGUUAAAAUUGCACAAAUGUAUUUACAUAAAUGAUGAGUGUUUACAAGGGUUGCAUGUUUUGAAGGAUUCUUUAAAACAUUUAACCAUUAGCAGUUGUAAAGAAGUAACUGAUGCUGGUAUUUUACAGUUAAUUGUAUUAAAAAAAUUGCAGACUUUAGUUUUAGCUGAUUUGCCAGGUGUUAAAAAUAUGUCGGUUACAAUACAGGAUUUACAAAAGUGUCUUGGUCAAUGCAAAAUUCAAUAGUAAUAAGUAAAUGCAAAAGAUGAU